GCCUUUGGCUCGAAAAUCCUCGAGAAAAAAACAAAAAAGAAAAAACUCUUUUUUUGGUUUUAAGCUCGGCAAAAACCUUUCGAGCUUUGCGAGCUAGAGGGAGAGAGCGGUAUCGGGCUUCGGGCAUGGGGCAAGCCUUCCGGAAGCUCUUCGACGCCUUCUUCGGCGUUAAAGAGAUGAGAGUUGUGAUGCUCGGGUUGGAUGCAGCCGGUAAGACAACCAUCUUGUACAAAUUGCAUAUUGGAGAAGUGCUGUCGACAGUCCCAACUAUUGGUUUCAAUGUAGAGAAAGUUCAAUAUAAAAAUGUGAUGUUUACAGUGUGGGAUGUUGGUGGGCAAGAGAAACUAAGACCCCUGUGGAGGCAUUACUUUAACAAUACUGAUGGGCUGAUCUAUGUAGUUGAUUCCUUGGACAGAGAAAGGAUUGGAAUGGCAAAACAAGAGUUUCAGGCUAUUAUCACGGAUCCUUUCAUGCUGGACAGUGUUAUAUUGGUAUUUGCUAACAAACAGGACUUGAAAGGGGCAAUGACCCCAAUGGAGGUUUGUGAAGGACUGGGCCUAUACGAUCUGAGGAACCGGAUAUGGCAUAUCCAAGGAACUUGUGCUAUUAACGGUGAAGGCCUUUAUGAGGGACUGGACUGGCUAGCAACUACAUUGAAGGAGCUGAAACCCUUUGGACGUUCCGUGUCAGUUGGCAGCUCCUCAUUCUGAUUGCAAAGGUCAGAACCAUAUUUUCAACAAUUUUCUUUUCUGUAUACAUUUUUCACUGCCUAUGUUCUUUUUGGUUGUUUGGGUGCCAGCUCUGGUCUAACUUACUCUAACAUGCAAGCUUUGUGGAUCACACCCUGUAUGAUAUUAAACCUGAUGUUCUUAAUGAAAUUUGAUGAAUGCUCCUCCCAGCUAAAUUUCUGUGAUCUUCUGUCACUAUUUUAUUUAUGAGGAGCUAUAAUUCAUGUACGGUGACUGUUAUGGGCUAUAUUUUCCUUGUCUCCUUACUGGAAGUAAAUGUAGAAAUCAACAGACCCGAUUUUUGUUUA